AUGACAUCAGGAACCAUAAACGGCUAUCAGCAGCCCCCCAAUUAUACCCAACAAGGACCGAAGUCUGUAAUGCAGGAUACCAGGUCGCAUAGCACUAGGUCGCACUAUGACUCGGGGCCCACGCCGCCAGUCAUAACGACGUUGACGAGGACGGAUGAGAGCCGGAUUGACGCUAUGAUGAUACCACGACCGAUGAAUCACUUCCGGAAUGAGCAGCUGGCGGAGCCAGGGGGACAGAGAAUGCCGGCGAAUUAUAGUGGACAGCUGCCGUCGAGCAAUACAGUAUGUACAUACGUGGAAGAGUCAGAUGCUACACCCAGGUUCCUGAGGCAAUCUCUGGGUUUGCUGCCGCAGAAUCGUCAUGCUCUGAGUCUCUGCAAGGUCCCUUAUUCUUUAUUGGUUACUCCCUUUCCCAGACUGGGCAUGUUAGAGUGUCCUGUUCCGCGAAUCGACUUGUCGCCUUACUCGAACGUGUUUACAGUUCUUGCAGCACCGACGUGGGGCCCCCAGCAGCCUCAUCGACCUGGCCCGCUGCGCUGCACGUCCUGCGGCGCCUAUGUGAAUAGCUACUUUCAGUUUGCGGUGCAGGCAGCCAGUUGCAACAUGUGCAAUUAUUCCUUCGACUUGCCAGUCUGGUACACUCAGUUGCUCGAGGAGCACCGCAGGCAGAUCCCGAGCGACUUGGCGCUCAAGGAAGCCCUAUAUUCGUGCUCCAACCUUGCAGACGCGCUGCCCCGGCUCGAAAGCCCCUGGGUGCGCGCGGAGAUCCUGAAGGGCACCGUGGACUACCUAACACACGCCCACCCAUCGGGCAUGUACAAUAUGGGCGCCGGGUAUGAGGGCCAGCAAUACUCACAGCCAAUCGACCCGCCCAAGGCAGUUCCCUUGCUGGUUUACGUGCUGGACGUUAGCGCCCUGGCCCUCGGCAACAAGCUGCCGGAGACCGUUCUCGGCAACUUAGUGUACUUGUAUCAGGCCUGGCCUCAGACGCCCCUGGAUAUCGCCGUACUGCUAGCGGGCUCUGAAGAAGUCUACGUCUUGCCCGUGGACCCAGACGACGGAAGCGUCCGCGCCGUCCAGGUCGUCGCAGACGCACAGAAUCCGUUCUUAUCGGACUGGCCGUCGCAUAUAACCCUCCGAGUCCAGUCGCGAGAGAAGCUGGAGGCCUACAUUUCCUCCAUCAAGGCAUUUAUUGCUUCGGAAACUUCGUGUGCGCGCCAUACAAACGCGUGUGCUGCUGCGCUCUCUGUAGCCGUAGACUUAAUCAGCGCCCGUAACAAGCUUGCCGGGCACCCCACGCUCGCCAAUGGGCUGCCGGUUGUCCAUACGUCAAGCCGCGGCACCAUUUUGCUCGGCUCCAGUCCGCCAGGCGGUCCCAGCUCUGCUCCGUCUUCCGCGCUGCCUUCCGACACCGAGGGCUGCCGCAUUUUCGGCCGGGGCGGCAUCAUCCAAUUGUUCACCACGUCCAGGCCCACCGCUGGCUAUGCGGCACUGCCGGAAACCCCGAUAUUAAUGAAGAACAAAGAGGAAGGACCUGCUGCAGCCGGCGCCCAGAAGAAACUGCAGUGGCCCGGACAUAGACAAUGGAACGUAUUUGUACCACAUCCUUCAGUCGUGGACCAAGUGGACAUUCUCGUCCGGAAGGCAGUACUGGAAAGCGCGUCGAUUUCCGUGUACGCGAUCAACCCGAACACAGCAGAUGACGCCAGCCGAAUGAGCCUGGGCUUCUUCUACACUCUCGUCCGCCAAACAGGGGGUAAACUUUACUGCUACCCGGACUUUCAGCUAGCCAUUGACUAUGAGAAGUUGUAUUACGACAUGUACCACGAGUUGGCUAACGGGAUAGCGUUAGACGUGUCAUUCAAGUUGCGUGUGUCGUCGGGAUUGGUGGUGAAGCGGAUCAAAUGUCCGUGGAGUUGUCUAACGAGCGAGAAUGGUGGUUAUGGAAACGACGUGAAUGUGUUUUCGAUACCAAGGUUGCAUUGGACGGAUACGGUGUGUUUCGAUUUGGAUUACGCAGUGGACGAGUUGCCAGGGAAGUGCGGGUACGUGCAGGCGGCGUUUACGUACACGAAUUGGUUCGGUGAGCGGUGUUUGCGUGUGAUGACUAAGCGGUACAUGUAUACGUCUAUGUUCUCGUCAGUGUUUCGCAUGUCGGAUGUAGAGAGUACGCUGUUGUCACUGGUGCGACACGUGUGCCUGGGAUUGAUGAGCGGCCGGCAGAACGUGCAGGAGGACGUGGACCAUGUCGUCGCGGAGAUCCUGCUUUCCUAUCGACUUCACGCAGCUACGAACUCGCCAUUCGGGCAGCUUAUCCUGCCCGAGGCGCUUAAGUUGCUACCGUUGUACCUGACGGCCUUGUUCAAAAGUCCGUGUACCCGCAAGAUGGGCGACCUCAGCGACGCUCGCGUGGAGGCCAUGAACCUGCUCAACAACCAACCGCUCGCCAACGUCUGCCGUUACAUCUACCCCUUCCUCUAUCCGCUGCAUCGCUCUGUCGUCCAACUCAAGGGCGAAGAACUCGGACGGGUCGGAUUCCAUACCGAUGUCCAACACCAGACCUGGACAUUCGUCUUCGUCCCCCAGACCUUGCCUGCAAGCGGCGAACGCGUUAACUCCGACGGGGUCUACCUCCUAGACGACGGCACCCAGUUCCUACUCUACCUCGGCCAACAUGUACUGGACACCGUCCGCCGCCAAAUAUGCGUUCGCGGCUACGAUAUGAGUGCCACCCGCACCCCCCUCCCUCCGGCCGCCGAAGCGACCCCCCUCCAAGCACCAAACGGAGCUGGCGGAGUGGACCCCAACAACAUGCUCAUCCGCAUCUGGAACGUCGUCCAACAACUCCGCCUCCAAAACAAUUCUGGAGACUUCCAACCCGUCCGCGUCAUUCUCGCCGGCAGUGUCGCCGAAAGCGAGUUUAUCUGGAAAAUGGCGGAAGACAGACUCAGUGCGGAGAAAGGCUACGUAGAUUACCUUGUAGACAUGCACCGAAUAGUGCAGAAGGAGUUGGCAGACGCCUAG